GGGGCUACGUUCGAGUGUCGAAUGUGAAGCGGCGAGGAACGUGCCGACUAUGUCGAGCGUUCGUACCUUCGUCUAUUCUCUGCCUCUGCCACCCGUUUCUGCGCUUUGAACCCGUCUUGAUCCGUGCAAAGACUAGGUCCUUCCGCCGUCUCUUACCACCGAACUCUUCAUCCCACCUCGAUUCCUUGGUUCUGGGUAUUUGCCCUUCUGGGGACCCUUCGAGGCUUGAUACUUCCCGAUCUGUCGUCCUUUGAUGGAAAGCUGCAAACUUUUCUUCUAGAAUUCGACUUGCAUUUUGGUUUUCUUUUGAAUCUUUUUGGGAAAGUUGGGGUCUUUCAGUCGCACGUUGGAUUCUUGCUCGAAGCCGAGAGCUUUUGGGGUGCUUGAUUUGUUGGUGUUCCUGUUAUGGAACUGCUCUCUGAUGAUGCGGCAGCAGAGGGAGAAGAGGAGGGGAGGGAACCCUCGGGCGAGCCGCUCGUCAGAGAGCCUCGACACUGUCGGGUCCAUUUCCCCGGUGCCGUGCGGCAGAAAGCCUAUCUUUUCGAUGGAUUGGGCAACUACUUCAACAAAGAAUGGGAUCUGAAGGAAGGCAGUGGAAAAGAAUUCUGCUGGUAUCAUGCGGAGCUCCCAAAGGGAAACCAGAAGCUGGCAUUGUCUGCUCAGUAUCUCAUCGAUGUCCUGUGUCCCCCGCUUAAGCUUCAGGACAUUCUCACUCUCGUCAGCAACGGCCCCUUUUGCGGGCAUGUGGACGGCGCCCUCGUGUUCCGCGUGAACUCUCCGGGUCCUGCGGCAAGUAGUUUCACCCUGAGGCUGGCCGCGAGGGUGACUGAGAACUCGGUCAUCACGGUGAGCCUCGGACGGAUCCCAAGGUUGGAUUUUUCGCCCACAGGGCAGUCGCUUCUGUCGGAAAUCCCAAGCAUUGAGAGCACAGGUUUGGUGAGGGAUGCAGAGGAGGAAGAAGAGGAGGGGGGACGUAGCGGCAUUAUCAUUCGGGAACAUGUUCUUGAAUUUUUGCUUACGAUGAACCACUCAGAGGAGGCAGAUAAUCCCGUGCCAGUAAAAGUUUCGAACCUUGUUGUGCACAUUAUCGACACGCAUGUUGAUCAUGUUCAAGAUAUAGUGACUAAGCUUGAGAUGGAAUUGGAUGCAGUAGAGCUGGAACUAGACAAAGGUGGUUCCACAUUAAAGAAACAAAUGCUGGAUGACAGAAGAUUUCCCAAACUGCAUUUGAAUUUGCAACGCCUGCUUCAAGUUGUUGCUCAUGGCGAGCAAGUAUUCCCACGUGUAAAGGAGAAAUGUUCAGCCAAAAGUUGGUUUGCAAAUGAAGAUAUCAUUGCUCUUGAAGAACUAAUAGGUCGCCUCAGGAGGCUAAAAGAUAAUUUGGGAUUUAUAGUAAAUCGGGUUACUGCAAUUCAAGCUGGUCUUCACAGCUGGCAGUCAGAGCAAAUAAAUAAGAAGCUUUAUUAUCUUUCUUUUCUCUCUUUGACAUUCCUUCCUCUAUCCAUUGUUACAGGAAUAUUCGGAAUGAAUGUUGGUGGUGUGCCAUGGACAGCACAAAAGGAUCCUGCUCUGCAAGAUGGUUUUCGCAAUGUUAUGGUUCUGUGUGCUAUGAUAUUGUUUCUGCUUCUAGUUUCCUUCUCAUUUCCUUCUCUUUAUGCUCGGCUAACUUCUUGGCGUAGACGUUAUGCUAUGAGAAGGAGUUGGUCAAUUAAUAGAAAGUCUUUCUUGAGUAGAACCUUUCAGCGAGGUGGAUUUCAGGGAGGUUACAUGCGCAUCUGAAAGUUUGUGGUGCAUAUCUCUUGGAACUAAAUUUCACCAUCAUAUGUUCUAUGACUUCUGUUGGCACAAGAUUCUCCUGAGAAAUGCCUUCUCUUUUCUAUCUUCCCCUGUAUAGAUUCUAUUGUUACUGCCCUAAUCAUUUUAGGUCCUUUGCACCCCUUUUUGUGUCAGAGAACACAGAUUUCUUUAGAAGGCUAUUAUUGGCAUGGAGUAUAUUUUCUGUACCAACCAUUUCAUUCAACCUCUCUCACAUUAUAAGUUUGAAAUCUGCUGACCUUCAAUGUAGCAGUUGGAACUUGAUGAAUGUUUCUUGGUAUA